AUGGCUCACUUCAAGACGAGUUUCACCAUCUUGGCCUUCUUCUUUUCCCUCACCUUUCUCACCGCGAUCAAAUCCGAGACACUGUUCGCUCGAGAACUAUCUGCUCGAGAUCAGUUCGGGCUCAAACCCGAGAAGAUGACCCAUCUUCGCUUCUAUCUCCACGACACAAUCACCGGGCAACAUCCUACUGCCGUGCCCGUCGCCCAAGCAGCAACAACAAAUACGUCAUCUACGUCUUUCGGCCUCGUCGCGGUCAUCGACGACCCAUUGACCAUGAGCCCAGACCCAAACUCCACGCUCGUCGGGAGAGCGCAGGGGAUAUAUGCGUCGUCAUCACAAAGCGAGGUCAGCCUCACCUUAACGAUGAACUUGGUUUUUGUGGAAGGAGCGUACAACGGGAGCACGUUGAGCGUGUUGGGGCAAGACCCGAUUCUGAAAAAUCCUAGGGAGCUGGCGAUCGUAGGAGGGACCGGCAUUUUCCGGUUUGCUCGCGGAUAUAUUCAGCUGAGAACAUACACUAACAAUCCGAGGACGAAUAAUGCAAUUGUGAAGUACGAUGCCUACGCAUUACAUUACUGA